UCUCUCAGUGAAACUCUCGGAGGAUCGUUCCUCAGCUACUUGUACCCUCCUCGUCAGCAACGCGUGCACCAUGAGGAUUAUAACUUUGGUAAUCCCAAUAUGCUUCCUGCUGGUAGCAGAGGCGAAACGAGUGGAGAUCCGACCUCGCAUAGCAGAGCCGCAAGUGUAUUACGAAGAAGAUAGCCAAGCGGACGAAGACGAUUACAAUCCAGCUGUCUACCAGCCACGAACUCGUGCCCUUCCUUCGCCACGUUCGAAGGACGCUUUGCACUCAUCCAAGCCACCACCAGUCCAGACUAUCCGCAAUUACAACAAGGUCAACGACGAUGGAUCUUUCACUUUCGGCUACGAGGCAGCGGACGGUUCGUUCAAGGAGGAGACUCGCGGAACCGAUUGCGUGGUGCGCGGUAAAUACGGUUACAUAGACCCCGAUGGCAACAAAAGGGAAUUCACUUACGUAUCCGGAAAUCCGUGCGAUCCAAACGCGCCGAAAGACGACGAGGAUGACGUUGAGAAACAAGAAGAAGACGAUUUGAACGGACCGGCCAACUAUCCUUCCGUAAGACCUGUGCCGCGACCCGUCCCAGUUAGACCGACCUACCAGCAAUCCACCACAAGAGCGCCCACGACCAUUUUCCAAACGCAAUAUCGAUUAGACGACGACGCCAGCCAGGAGUUGGGCGAAGAAGAUCUCGUUAAACCGACGCAAUUAAGACAAGGAUCGUACAGAACGCCUCAACAGCCAACCUACGUUCAAGUGACGCCGUCGUCGGCUCUCUACGAGCCGUCGCCCACAGCCAGCCCUGGUCUCUACAGGCUAGCAUCGUCGACGACUCAAUAUCAAAGCACAGCGUCUCCUGUCCUUCGUACCCAACCGACCACGGCGUAUCAGACCCUCGAAACGACCACUCGUCGUCCAGUCACGCGUCACCCGAAGCCGCAAUCGGUCGCAAUCACCCCCAGACCCCACGUUGCACAAGUAGCCGCCCAGUACGUGUCCCCCAGUAGCACCGAGCGUACUGCGUUAGCCUACAAUCGUCCCUCGGCGGUCACGGUAUCGCCGAAUCUACGCAGCACCACCGUAUCGAGCGCAUCUCACCUUGACUUUGCCGCCGAGCUCGAACGUUACGUGAACACGGUCGGCGUAGCCAGUCCCAAGCCCGGCCAAGCGUCGGCUGCACCAUCGAAAGUCAGAUUAUCCGGCCAAACGCCCAUCACCGCCUCCGCCGCCGACCCGAUCUACCAGUCGGAGCUGGUUUACGAUCCCUCAACCGGUCAGUACAAUACCCAACUAUAUCAGACACUACCCCAAACCGUGGGUGACUUCACCCUAAGUCACAAACUGCAACCGUUCGUAGCCCAGCAACAGUCCUACCUUGGACUGCAACAGCUCCAGCAGCUUCAGCCCCAGCAGCCCCAGCGUCAGACCCCGCUUUAUAAGCAACCAGCGUCCCAGCCGGCCCAAUCCUCCCCAGGUGUAGCAGUCAACCAGCCUCAGGAAGUGCUGUACAGGAAACAGCAGUCGCAGCUGUUGCAACAGUCCCAACAGUUGUACGCUCAACAACAGAGACGUCAACAACAACAGCAGCAACAACAACAGCCGGUACAGUCGCACAGGCUUCAACUGCUCGAGUCGCAGACGCAACCACAGUCAUUCUACUACGUUGCACCGGCAAGGUCCUCGAACGCUGCCAGUGCACCUCUUUCAGUAGGUCAGAUCGAUCAAUAUCUCCGAGCCAGUGCUGCUCAUUAUUGAUUCGAUCUAGCGUGUGAGUCUUUUUUCUUGAUAUAUGAAAUUUAUACAGGGAAUUUCUCUUUUUAAUCUGUUCGUAUUUCGUCGGCGACAUUUUAAAUAAGAAACGGUGCUGCGUAUGGGCCUUGCGCGUGGCUAUUAAGCAUGCACCGUGUGAAUAUCAAGGAGCAAUUAAAAUUUCAUUUUCUUUUUAUUUAUAUUGCAGUCAUUACUCACAGGCAGUGUUAUUAAUUUUGGUAUGAGAUUGAAAAUUUCUUGAUACUAUUGCACUGUGUUAAUACAUAAUUAAUGUUCAAAAUGAUUGACAUUUUUUAAUUGAAAUGAAAUUUAGCUACUUUUUGAUUUUUGUUUUCAUGAUGUAUGCUCCUUGAACGAAAUAAUCUUAGUGUUCAGUGCACUAAACAUCGGCACCAGAAUUCCAGUCGCGUUGCAAACAUCAAUUAUUUACAUAAGCUUCGCGUAAACAUAACAACGUUGACAAUAUCGGACCAAAGCAAACAGCUCUUGAAACGUUGACAUUAUACCAACACUGGUACUGUGAUAGCAUUAACUUCUAAAAUUGCAUUCUGAAACUGUAUGCUGUUUCAAAAUGCAAUAUUAAUUCUGAAGACCUGACGCAUAUUACCAAUAACCGAUAUGCAGAACUGAAUAUGAUAUAAAACUAUUAAAUUAAAUUAAUAUUGAAAAGUGGAAAAUCAGAAAUAUUUUCUAAGAAUAUAAAAAUAUCAUGAAUAUGCAGAGUUUCCAUUACUCGCGUAUAAAUAAUGAUACGAGGUAUUUCGUAAUAACAAAAUUUUGAAAAUAUAUAUUUUUUAAAUUGCCUUAAAAACGAUGGAAAGUUUUGUAUAUCUCUAAUAAAUAAUUUAUUUAAUUCUUCUUGCAAACGUAAUUUAUGAAAUGAUUUCAUAAACAAUUUGCAGUCGUUGAAAAUUCAAUUUCCAAUGAAAUAUCAGUUUUUAAAUAAGCUUCUGAAAUACUUUUCUAUCGUGCAUGUUGAGAUCAACUGUCGUUAGAGAGUGAAAGUCAAUGACCUAACGCAAUACUGACACACACGAGACACAUUACCAUAGCAAUUUCUCGUCGUGUACAGUAACAUGCUACACCGCACAGAUUCCACGCCAUGACUAGAAUAUUCAUCGUGUACACACGAAAACAUUUCAAACACGAUCCCGACCUACGCACUGACCGAUUUCAUUACAAAACAACGAACCGUAGGAUUGAAACGUUCGCUAUCAUAAUAACGGUUCUACGUUUAAUCAGAGAACGAGAUAAGUGUUUCCCACAGAAAUGAUUCAUAGGAAAUACGUAACAAACUGACGAGGCAUUUGCUGCAGAAAUGAAUUGACCCUCGACUCGAGCACGUUACCACUUUUUACUUAUAAAAUGAAAGGAAACUAUUUAUUAUGACGGAUGCAGAUGUUUCUUCUUUCUGCGAAUUGCAAAAAGCUUUGCAAAAAGAAAAUGUGGCAAUCAGAGAAGAACCUGGUGAAAUAUUGAACAACAAAUCCACUUAGAAUUUUAUUUAAUACUUUUCUGAUAAUUCAAAGCUAUAGUUUUCUUAAUUGUAAUAAAAAUUCCAAUUUAUUUCAUUUUAACAAUUGAACUUUAUAUCGUAAACUUUGAAUAAAUUUCAUUAGCCAACGCUUACGUAUCAAUUUCUAUUACUUUUUUGCAGGACAAAAUUAAUUUUAAAUUGAAGAUUAUUUAUUUACAAAUCUGCCCUUAGUAUUUUUCAGCAGUAGUAUAGGUAGAGUCAGAAGCGUAAACGAGGUUCCAAUUAUAAAAUACCACAAUUCCGAAACGAGGGCACUUAUCAGAAGGAAAAUUAACGUCGUUUUGCAACGUCUAGCGUGAAUUUUGCAAGCGUCCCUCCGGUAAGGUUAAAUCCGGAACCGUGUAAGGAGAAUUGUAGCAUACUUUCAUUGGCGUGGUCUAACUUGCAGGGACAUUCUACUCGGGCACCGAGGAACUUUCUAUUUUGCAUUCCCCUUCGUCGCAAGUGUGAGAAUCGAUUCGAAUCUAAUGCGUCCUACGAUUCGAUUCCGUGGAAAGCUGUGCACACCUAGAUCUAUCUAUGUAAGCCCGUGUGGAAACACGCGGGGCGAUCGUUGAUCGAAAGGCGUGUACCCUCUCUCGAUCACGUGAAAAGAUUUCACACGCAGCCAAAGGUUCAAUUCUGUCGGCACUUUUACGAAUGCUUUCUCCGAUACGAGACUACAAACAGGUCGGUUAUUGUCAAGUUCGUUAUAUUUAUCGUGUCUAUUUAAUUAGUUGUUAAGCGUUGACCGAACGACGGGCAUAAAAUACGAGACAGGAUGAAAAGGUUAGUUGCAUUAAGAACGGAAGCUACCGAGUAUCCGAAGAUACCUAUUUUAUUUAUUUGAAGAUGGAAUAUAAAAGAUAUUUUGCUAUGUUUUUUCAAAAGACUUAUCACUGAUUACUUAAUUAAAAAUGAAUUUAUAUAAAAUUUCAUAAAACAAGUCAUUGCAAAAAUUUUCAAUCUUUUACCACUGAUAACAGAUAACAUUAAAAAUCGGUGUUAUCAUCAAAUUUCUAAAAAUUCUAAAUGAAUGCAACUAAUUUUGGAAUUCUGCUAGGUACUACUCGUGAGAAUAAUCUGGGUAAAGGAGGUGUUAACAGGAACAGGGACAUAAUUGCAAAUUCUUGUUUGAAGAUUUAUAAUUACUUCGCUUCAUAAAUUCCUUAUUCUUUUUUAUCUGAUUUUAUGAAUGGUUAGGUUCAAUUUAAGAAACAAAUUCAUUUAUUCAUUUUUGUUACAUUUCAAACAUAAAACAUAGAAACGUAGAACAUAAAUUUCUUCUUUUUAUCAAAUUAAUUUUUUUUAAAUCUACAAUGAAAGGAAGAUGAAUAAUUGAAAUUUCCUAAAUUCAACCUACCCUUCAUAGGACUGUAUAAAAAAGAAUAAAGAUUCUGUGAAAUGGAUAUAAUAGGUAGCAGAGUUAAAAGAAUAACGUGACGGUGUUAUUUUAUAGCUUUUUUCUCGUCGAUGGUACCGCGAAAGAGUGUCGAUAUGCACUUUAUGUCUAUUCACGUUGUAAAUACUUUCUUCGUUAGCAUUAAUGUACUUAGCGUCUAUCUAGCGAUUUGUUACGAUCAGUACAUACGGUAAGGAAUACGUCUCUUUACGUUUAUAGUUGUUUUUAUAUUAUUUCUAAACGUGAUCGAAAGAAAGAAAAAGAUAUGUAUUGUACGAGAA